UGAUAAUGCUUCAUCGGUGACUACCUUUGAAUUGAUUGUUCGCGACCAUUCCUGUUUGAUUAAAAAUCAUAAUGUUGUUUUGUAAUAAUUUGCGACAGAAACUUGUUUUACAGGGUACCAGGACAUUUUCAUCUUUGGUGCAGUCAAAGGCCUUUAUAAAUGGGAAUUGGAUUAAUGCAAGCAGUAAUAAAACCUUUGAUGUCGGCAAUCCUGCUAAUGGAAGUGUGGUCGGAUCAGUACCUAACAUGGAUGUUAAUGAUGCUGCUCUCGCAGUACAAGCGGCUAAGAAUGCAUUUGAACAAUCUGAGUGGUCUAAAUUCACAGCCAAAGAACGUUCGAGUUUACUGAAGAAAUGGUUUUCUUUGAUUGAUAAAAAUGUAAAUGAAAUAUCUUCUAUUAUGAGUGCGGAAUCUGGAAAACCAAUUAAUGAAGCUCGUGGAGAAGUUGCCUAUGGUAAUGCAUUUAUCGAAUGGUUUGCAGAAGAGGCGCGCCGAAUAUAUGGGGACAUAAUACCAAGUCCGGCUAAGGAUCGUGAAAUAAUUGUAAUGAAACAGCCUUUGGGAGUCGCAGCUCUUAUAACUCCCUGGAAUUUUCCUUUGGCUAUGAUAACUCGAAAAGCUGGUGCGGCAUUGGCAGCAGGCUGUACUAUCGUGAUCAAACCGGCUGAGGACACGCCACUUACAGCCCUAGCCCUUGUUAAACUGGCGGAAGAGGCUGGUUUUCCUGAGGGAGUGAUUAACAUUGUAACGACGAAUAAUGCUGCUCCCAUUGGUGAAUUGUUUUGUAAGAGUCCUGACGUUAAGGGUAUAUCUUUCACUGGAUCUACAGAAGUUGGGAAAUGGUUAUUCCGAAACUCCUCAGAUGGAAUUAAACGUAUAUCAUUGGAAUUAGGUGGAAAUGCUCCGUUUAUUGUGUUCAACACUGCCAACUUAGAAAAGGCUGUGGAUGCUGCCAUUGCUUCGAAAUUUCGAAACUGUGGACAAACUUGCGUAUCAGCUAAUCGCUUCUUUUUGCAACAUCAAAUACACGACAAAUUUAUUGAUUUACUAAAACAACGGGUUGAAUCACUAAAAGUUGGCGAUGGUUCACAGCCAGAUGUUCAAAUCGGACCUCUUAUAAAUAACAUGCAAUUUAAUAAGGUUAGCGGUUACGUUGAAGAUGCUCGUUCAAAAGGUGCUGAAAUAUUAUUUGGUGGUAAUCCAUUAGAAAAGUUGGGAAAGCUUUUUUACUCGCCGACAAUAAUAUCAAAUGUUCCAUCUAAUGCUAAAUUAUAUACGGAGGAAGUUUUUGGUCCCGUUGUCUCAAUAGUCAAAUUUAAAACCGAAGAAGAGGUUAUACUUGCGGCAAACAAUUCUAGGCGUGGCCUUGCUGGAUACUUUUUCAGUGAAAAUAUACAGCAAGUAUUUCGAGUUGCUAGACUUUUGGAAGUUGGUAUGGUUGGCGUUAAUGAGGGAUUAAUUUCUGCCGCUGAAGCACCGUUUGGUGGAGUUAAAGAAUCGGGUAUUGGCCGCGAAGGUAGCCACCAUGGUAUUGACGAAUAUGUCGAAAUUAAAUAUAUUUGCAUGGGGAACUUGAAGUAUUAAAAAUUACGUUCAUUAUUAAAUACUUAUCUAUUAGAUUACCAUAUUAGAAAUAAUUAAUUAUUAUGUACUAUUGAAAUAUAAUAUUAUGAAAGUCAUAUCAAAGUAUAAAUUAUGGAUCAUGUAGAAAAAUUUGUCUAUACAUUAAAAGUGUGUACUUGUAUAUAUAUUAAUUCAACGUAAUAACGUUAUAAAUGGUUCCUAUGAAUUUAUUUUCUUGUCUUCCAAUAAAAUCUUAUGCAAAGUGCAUACCGCUUUAUGUAAAAGAA